UUGGCCACCACAGAUGUCUAAAGGUAAGGCUGCACCCCCUCCAGGGUGCACUCUGAACAUCAAUGACCCUCAGGUCCAGGAGGCUGCUAUUCGCAUCCAGGCCUCAUAUCGAGGCCACAGGUCACGUAAAGAGCUGCGGGAGAAGGGCCCUCCAAAGAUCCUGCAGGAGCUCAAAGAUGUGGUUCUCCUUGAGGGAAGUGCUGCCAAACUGGAGUGUCGGGUUAGCGCUUUUCCUGAUCCAUUCAUCGUCUGGUCCAAAGAUGGAAAAGAGCUGAAGGAUGGUCCUAAGUACUGCUAUGUUUUUGAAGACCCAGAUUUUGUGGCACUGGUGGUCCGAGAUGGGGUACUGGCUGAUCUGGGGAAAUACACCGUUACCAUCAAGAACCCUUUUGGACAGACUUCUGGAUCUGCUUGUAUUCUAGUGGAGGUUCCUGCUAAGAUUUCGAAAGGCCCAGACAACAUCAAGGCCAAGAGAGGAGCAACGGUUGUACUCAAAGCUGAUAUUAGUGGAGAGCCUCCUCCAGAUGUUGGCUGGCUCAAAGAUGGGGAGGACAUAGAAGAGGAUGACAGGGUGUUCUAUGACGUUGGAGACACUAACACAAUUUUGACCAUCAAAAAUGCAAAGCUCUCCGAUGCAGGCAAAUAUGAAGUCUUUGUGGAGAACAAUCUCGGCACAGACCAAUCCUUUGCACGUGUGGACAUCCUUUGAUACACCCCUUCAAGUCCACCAUUGCUUAGGGCCUCAAGCUGAUGUUCUUCUGUGUUUGCCUGUCUCAGCUCUCAUUGUUAUGCAACUAGCGAUAGACCGUUACUGUGUUCA